GAAAAUACUCUAAGAAUGUGCAACCGGAGGCAACAAGAAGCGUGGCAACUCGUCGGCGGUUCGAGGAGUGAACCUGCGAAUAUAUUUACUCCGGAGCGAACGAAGCUGCACCAGAUACAACUAUUCCCCGGGACAAGGCAAAGGGAACCCAGCACUAUGAGGACUCUUCUGAUCUUGGUGAGUGUGUUGGCGCUGGCUUGUCUCGUCGCCUGCAACGCCGACGCAGAACCCUUCCUGCCCCUGUUGGGUGGUCUGGGCGGCUUCGGUGGUCGGGGCUUUGGCGGUCGGGGUUUCGGCGGUCGGGGCUUCGGCGGUCGAGGCUUCGGCGGUCGAGGCUUCGGUGGUCGGGGCUUCGGCGGUCGGGGCUUUAGAGGACGAGGUUUCGGAGGCCGAGGAGGUUUCGGAAGAGGCUUUGGGUUCGGAGGUCAUCAUGGGUUCGGAGGGCACGGAGGCCUCUCAUCGUGAGUAGAUUUUUUUGUUUUUUUU